UAUUAUUAGUUGCUAUAGUCAUUAUGAAAAUUUGGACGCAGAACACACAUAAACCUCGCCUUAUUCUAUUUUGAUACAAAGAAACAAAGUUCUAAAAAAAUACGUUAUUCGUCAUUAUUCUGAUAACUUUUAAAAUUGGUUCGACAUUAUGUUUCCACUGAUCUCAGCAUUCGGAAGAAGAUGUUCCUUCACUCAAACUAUCAGUGUUAAACUCGUACACCCUACAAGACGCACACAUAGCUUGCAGGUCAGGAACACGAAAUUCUAUGUAACAUCAACGAGGGAAAAUUGCUUAAAAGCUUGUAGAACCAGGAUUAAUCCGGAUGGCUCAGUUGCAUUCCACACAGGUAAGGCAAGACAAGCUCCAAACAAAUGGAUGAUUAUUCUCAAAGUAUUGAGAAUACUUAGGCCCGCAACUAUGAUUGCAUUGCUACAAGCCGUUAACGUAGACGUGAGGGAGCUACGGCUCGGGGCAAUAGCUAUAGUAGGAGUUAUAUUUAUUGUUUCGGGCUGUUUGUUUUAUUGGACACAUCUGGAGGAGUGUCCAAUCACAAAGCGAAAGAAAUUCUUAGUACUUUCAGCGGGUGAGAGGCAGACGAUGGGAGAGCAAUUGUCAGUCAAAUUUGUUGAAAGGUACACAGGGAGAGUGAAGAUGACCGGUGAAGCUUGUAAGCAUGUAUCUGGAAUAUGCAAAAGAAUGGUAAAAGCCAACAAACACUUGCCGGGAAUAAAGAAAGAUUGGCGCGUGUUCAUAAUCGAGGAUAGUAAAGUCAGGAACGCAUUCGUCUUACCCAACGGACACAUCUUUGUGUUCUCUGGUAUAGUAGAAACGGUGAAAAACGAUGAUCAGUUAGCUGCAGUGGUGGGUCAUGAGAUGGCUCAUGCUCUUCUGAACCACGCCAGUGAGAAGAUGAGCAACACUCUAUUGCUGAAGCUGAUAUUGCUGGUGCCCAUAUUGAUCAUAUGGGCUAAGCUUCCUGAAGCAGCUGGGUACGCUGAUUAUCUCAGUGAAAUCAUGUUCACCCUCCCGAUGAGCAGACAGCUCGAAACUGAAGCGGAUGUCGUAGGCGUGGAGAUGAUGUCGAGAGCUUGCUUCGAUCCUCGCCAGGCAGUUGAACUUUGGAAGCUAAUGGACGAACUAGCUCGGACGAAUAAAAUUGAGUGGAUGUCAACUCACCCAAGUCCCGGAACUCGCUACCAGACUUUGGAAAAACUCAUGCCCGGCGCGAUGGGUAUAUACUCUAGCCAUUGUAAAACUUGAGCUACGAAUUAUCUUGAAUGAGCGAAACAAGUUAGAGAUCCGAGCUGAGGUUGAGUAGCUCUCUCAAACAAUUAAUUGCGGUGAUGAGUUCAAAAUGUUAAUUUGUGUAUGUUUUGUACAUACGGUCUUGCGUCAAAGAUGUUGAAAGAAAUUGGGCUGAUUUCAAAAUGGCGGUGUUGCUAGAAUCGUACAUCAAUAAGAAAGUGUCAAAUAGUCUCAAAUGUAUUUGUUAAUAUUGUAUCAAUAUCAG